CAGUUCUUUUCUUUCCUUACGACAGUUGUCAACAAAUCAAACAACCUGCAACGUGUGUUGCCCUUUCGUUCAUAAUGUCGUGUGGCGGCGAAAAAUCCGUAGAAUUAACAAGAAAUGCCGCUAGAUCAAAGGCUGGGCACAUGAGGAGAUUUAACAAGAGUUCCUUUUCAAAGAGUUGGGAUCAAGAACUAUUUAUUUUAUACGGAGACAGCACUCUAGCCUGGUUCAAAGAUGAACGUAGCAUUCAGCCCAAAGGGCGUAUCGUGCUUAAGGAUGUUUGCCAAUUCCUUGCCGUCGGAAUGGUUUGCCAGCAAGUUCCGAAUCGCCCAGAACUACCAGAAGGUGGACGUAUCGAGCACCUGAUUGGAAUCCCUAAACAAGCCAGCAAGAACGCAGAGAUGGUGUGGGCGUUAUGCUCAAGUGAAGAGGAUAUAAAAUCAUGGAUAAUGGCCAUAGUUGCGGUGCUUCCACAACCACAGAAUGGUGGACAGCCAAGUGGUGGUACAGCUCCUCCCCAAACAAUCCAACAACAGCCAGGAGCACCACAGUCUUCACAACUAGUACAGUCUCAAGGCACUCACUACUCUCAGGGUCAGUACCAACAGUCACAGAAUAUGCGACGGAAGCAGAAAAAUUAUGACAACUCAUCGACGACUGUGAUCAUUCAAGAUGAUCGGCGACGACGAUCAAGUGGAAGUGGUGACUUUUUAACUGGACUGCUCAUUGGAAGUGCCUUAGGAGGUCAUAAUCACAUGGGCUCACAUUUUGGCUUUGGAAUGGGAUGGGGAGGUGACCAUUACGGUCAUGGAUAUCAUGAUUAUGGGCCAGAUUACCACAUAGAAAACAAUUAUUACACAACCAACACAAACAUUGAGAACACUGAAAUUAAUGAAACAAAUAUUGAAAACAAUUUUGAUGGCGACAAUGCCGAUGGUGAGCAGGUUGGUGAAGGUGAUGAAAGUGAACAGGUUGAAGGUGAGCAAGUUGAAGGUGAACCGGCUGAUGAAGGUGAGCCGGCUCAGGAAGAAGAGCUGGUUCAAGAAGAAGAGCUGGUUCAAGAAGAAGAGCUGGUUCAGGAAGGUGGAGAGGAUGAACUUGAGCAAGACUUUCAAGAAAUAGAAAAUUUAAUGAAAGAAGUUGAGGAAAUGGAGGAAAUGGCGGAAGGCGGAGAAGAAUGCGAUGAAGGUGAAUAUGAGGAUGAGGAUGCAGAAUGUGAGCCUAACGAUGAAGAAUGUGAGCCCGAACUCAAGGAGGAAGAUCCAGUAGAGGAAGAGCCAUAUGAUGACUGCGAGCCAGACGAUUGUGGUGACUAUGGGGAUGAAGAUUGUUAAAAUUAUUUCAGCAAAAGAAUGAUCUAAUGGCUAUACAAUUCCGCCAGGACUUCAAUAGAAAACUCAGCUGUUGUUACAGUUAAUAAUGCUUCUCCAGAGAAAUCGGUCUCUCUUAUAAUAUAGAAAUGAUGUUGAGUAACUGAAGCCAAUACACAUCUGAAACAAUUAAGAGUCAGGCAUCAAACUGCAGCUUUCUAUGGAUAAAUAGGAACAAACAUACAAAAAAAUAUUGAUAAUCUUAGUGCAAAAACUAAUUACAGAUUUCUGAUUAAAUAAAGCAAGCCUCUUCCACUAACUUAAUAUGCUAUAUUUUUAAUUUUAAAAAUAAAGAGGUUAUUAAAAAUCAAUAUCAUUUCGUUUAAGUGUGGUAGAUAUUCUGGUUCAUAUAUAAUAAAUGGUGCAGCCUUUGAUAGUAAACCAAACUUAGCAUGACCUUUUAAACAUUGUUACCUUUGACAGUCAAAUGAAAACAGUAUUAAAUUCCUGUAUAUAUUAUUAUAUUUAAAAUAUAGAUAUUUUUCGAGUUGUCAAGACCGGUUUAAAAAUUAGUAUAUUUUUCAAACAAAUAAUAUAAAUAUUUGGAUUUUGCCUCUAUAAUUAAUUGAACUAAAAUAAUAAUUGUAAUCAAACUUUUGUAAUUAAAUCUUUGUUACCUCUUGUACAUUUCAUUUACGCAUUUGUAAAUAAAUAAUUAUAAUAAUGUAUAUGUAUGUAAAUAAUUACAUAUAUUGUUUUAAACAUUUAUUAUCUGUUUUAUCACAAUGCUUCACUACCAGUCUGACUGAUGUCAACAACCAGCAAGCAAACUGAGAUCAGAUCACAUUCAUGUGUUUAUAUCGAUAUGGUACAGUACUUUUAAAAUGGUUUUUCCAACAGAUGACAUGGCUUUUUUUAAAGCCAAAUAAAGAAUUUGUUACUGCU